AUGGAAUUUUGCGAGAGAUUGUACAAUUCUACAAACGCCACCACGAGGGAGCAACACUCUGGGGUGGCAAACAUCACCCGGCAUCAAUACUUACAAAUGUGCAUCCGGUCUAGGAAAGGAAUCCCCAGUGACGUCAACACAUAUAUUAUUAUCCCGUAUGCUGUCAUAUUUCUUCUAUCCAUGGCGGGAAACACCCUGGUGAUCUUGACCCUGGUGAGGCACAAGAAAAUGAGGACAGUGACGAAUAUGUUUCUGUUGAACCUGGCGGUCAGUGACCUGUUGCUGGCCUUGUUCUGUAUGCCGUUCACGCUGGUUCCUCUGCUGAUGCAGGAGUUUAUAUUUGGGCCUAUUGUCUGUGUGCUGGUGAGGUACGCGCAAG